UAUGAACUCUGCAAGAAAGUAUAUAUAUGAUACUAAAACUAAAGUGAUAGUGGUGGUGGUGCCCUUUGUGGCGCAGGGCCACCUAAAUUUGCUCCUCCAUUUGUCUCGCCUCAUCGCGUCUUACAAUUUGCCGGUCUACUUCGUGGGUUUAAGCGUGGACAUCGCGGCCGUGAAGCGACGGAUCGAAGGGUGGGCCCCUUCCGAGUAUCCGACCCUGCGUUUCCACGACGUCCCCGCCCCGCCGACCUACCUCUCCAACAUCAACCCCACCGCGGAGUCCCAAUCCUACAUGGACUUCGUAGCCGCCGCCAUGAACGCCGCCGCGUACUUGCGCCGACCCACGGGAGACCUCCUCAAGGAGCUCUCGUCCGAGUGCGAGAGGCUCGUGGUGGUUAAUGAUGCCUUGAUGGUGAACACCGUAAAGGACGCGGUGGGUCCCGUGCGGAACCUCGAGAUUUAUAAUUUCUACGUCGGGUCGGCCUUCCAUGACGCCUCGCUCGUCUGGGAGGUCCUGCGGAAAGCGCUUCAUAUCCCGUCGUUUCUGUGGAAGCUGGUCGGGAGAUUUGUGCUCCCGGCCGGGGCCGUGAUCCCCGACCUCCUUCCGACCCCGUCGACCUGUUUCUCGCCCGAGUUCUUCAAGUUCAUCGUGGAUCAACGCAAGAGCCACGCGGUCUGCAAUGGCAAUAUUUAUGACUCUUGUAGAGCCAUAGAGGGUCCGUAUCUAGACCUGCUUGGUAUGGUGUAUAAGCUAGCGAGAAAAGGGCCUGUUUGGGGGAUUGGUCCGUUCAACCCAGUGGUAACUAAACAAAAGAGCAACGAUGAUUGUUCUUCAUCACGCCACAAAUGCCUAGAAUGGCUAGACAAACAGCCUCCCAAGUCCGUGAUUUUCGUCUCAUUUGGCACUCAAACAAUUCUCUCCGACCACCAGCUCUACGAGCUAGCGGAAGGCCUAGAACAAAGUAGCCAAAGCUUCAUUUGGGUGGUGAAAGACCUAACCAAAGGGUACAAAAACACCAAAAUAAAGUUGCCGGCCGGGUUCGAGGAGAGGGUCAAAGGGCGAGGGCUUAUUAUUCGAGACUGGGUACCCCAAUUAGAGAUAUUAGACCACAUUUCAACAGGCGGGUUCUUGAGUCAUUGCGGGUGGAAUUCCUGCAUGGAAAGUAUGUGCAGGGGAGUCCCCCUAGCCACCUGGCCUAUCCAAUAUGACCAGCCUAGGAACGCCAUUCUCAUCACAGAAGUCCUUAAAACCGGGAUACCCAUAAGGGAUUGGGAACGGAGGGAUGAAAUAAUAAGGUCCAGCACAAUCCGAAACGCCAUAAGGAGAUUGAUGGCGUCUCCGGAAGGAGAGGAGCUGAGGAAUAAGGCGGCACAAGUGGGGAAAGCCGUGAAGGAGUCAGUAAUGGAAGGUGGCAUUUCUCGGCUGGAGAUGGAUAGUUUCAUUGCCCAGAUUACUAGAUAAUAAAUAACUUUAAUUAAUUGUUUGCAUUGGUACGGCUAUAGUCAGUAAGAAUAUUAUAAAUAAAAAUUGGAGGGUGUAUGUGCAUGCAUGCCGGCCUAGAGACGUACGUACUUCACAUAUGUGUGUUGCGUAAAGCUAAGGCACGUUCAUCGCGCGCUACUCUAAGAUUUACCUCUAUGUAUUUAUAUAUGUUCAAUAUAAUAUUAUUAUUGCCGGCU